AUGGGGGAGGGUUGGAUUGCGGAGAGGUUGGACCGAUUUCUGGUUUCCAAUUUUUCAGUCGGUGGAGGGUGGUCCACUAGCUCUGAGAUUCUUGAUUGGAGAGGGUCAGACCAUUGGCCUAUCAAGCUGGUUUCUUCUUCUGCCCGGAGUGCUCACUCUCCUUCUUUCAAAUCCCAACUUAUGUGGCUUCGAAAUCCUGCUCUUGUUGAGCAGUGGUUGAGGAAGGGGAGGGGUUUUGAGAACAUUUUUCAUGCUAUGAAAGCAGCCCAAAUAGAGUUAAAUGGCAUCACCAGGGAAAUCAGAGAGCAUAGUUUGUCUGAAGCUUUUCUUAGGGAGGAGGAGAGGGUUGUGAGGGUCUUAGAGGAAUGGGAGCUUAGGGAAGAAAUUUAUUGGAAACAGAGAGCCAGUAUUGAUUGGCUUCAAGCGGGCGAUAAGAACACGACUUUCUUUUUCAACUCAGUGAAAGAAAGAUGUCAUGGAAACUCCAUUCCUGCUCUGGUCAAUGAUAGAGGUGAGAAUGCGCCUUCACAAGGAAGGAAAGUGCAGUCUUUCGUUGCUCACAGGAAAUUUGCAUUUUCUACUCACACAAUUAUUCAUAAUAAGCUUAUUUUCAUGUAUGUCAAGUGCGGAAGUUUGGUUGAUGCCCGUAAUGUAUUUGAGCAUAUCAAAAACCCAGAUAUAUUCUCAUGGAAUACAAUUAUUACAGCGUACAGACGAUAUGGGUAUCCUCAGCAGGCAGUUACUCUGUUUCACCGUAUGUGGAAAACAGGUCUCCAACCCGAUAGGUUUACAUUUUCCAGCAUACUCGCUGCUUGUGCGAAACUGGGAGCUUUAAGACAGGGUGUAAAGACAGAUUUGACAACCUUUGUCAGGGUCGUCCAUGCAUGCCUGCUCCGAAAUGGAAGCUUUGGAACAGCGUAUAAAAAUCCAUCGAAUUAUGAAGGACAGAGGGAUUUUGUUAGAUAUCGUAGUUGCAUACUUACUUUAUUUCCCUGCAAAUUGACAUUAGAAGAGCGUCUUCCACACUGUGCUUUCCUUACAAAUCGAUCCAUUGUGCAGGUUGAGGGCUAUCAAGCGAAACUGGUUUUUGAUUUGGAUCCUCAAAAUGAUGCAACUUAUGUUAUUCUCUCAAACAUCUAUGCCGAAGUGGGCGUGUGGGUUGAGGUUCAAAUGGUAAGGAGACAGAUCAAAUCCACAGACACAGAAGAUUUUUGCAUUGUCAGAGAAACUGGCUUGGGAAAUGAAGGCGGCAGGAGGAGCAGAACGAAUUAUUUCUGUCACCAUGGUGAAAAGUUGGCAACUGCAUUUGAUUUGUUUCACACGCCCCUUGGAACAACUAUUGAAGUUGAUAAGAACAAUCAGGUACAUGAUGAUUGCCAUAAUGAAACAAAAUUUAUCUUGAACAUUGUUACAAGAGAAAUUGUUGUGAGAAAUGCAGACGAUUUUUGUGGUUCUAAACAGAGAUAA